UGUGUGUCUGAGUGGAGUCUAUUCUCUAAAUAACCUGUUGAUCCAGUCAAGCUAACACUCAGUCUCAGGAGGCAGCAGGCUUGGCUCUUCCUCUGCUCUUCACUUCUUCCUCUUUCUCCUGAAGUACAUCUGAACUGGAGCUGCAAUCGAGUCACUAGAGAUCCAACGUAAAACCUGCCAGAAAGAGAAAAAAAACCCAAGUGGAAACCUUUGGCUGAAAUCACCACAGUGGAAGAAGCAUGGACUGACAACCUGUCUGCAUGUGUUUCUCUGUAUCGUCGGAGUGUGUGUGUGUGUGUCUGUCUUUGUCUUAAAUGCGUGUAACUGAAAGGAAAUCAUGUCAACGAUACACACCUGGGCCUGUUUCCUCCUGUGGAUCAGUGUUGCCACGCAGGACAAAACUCCAGAUGUCACUGUGACCUGCUUUGUUUCGGAGGAGUGCGUGCUGCCCUGCAGCUUCCAGCCCGCCAGCAAAGAGGUCAUCCGGUGGUUCAGACAGGAUGUGGAGAUGUACAAGUUCAAGCGGGAAGACGAUGGGGAUGGUGAUGACCACGAUGAUGAUGAGGAUAAUGAUGAUGAUGAUGAUGAUGAUGAUGAAAGCAGCGAGGAGCACUUUGAGCACGAGCAAAUUGCUGGACGUGCCUCUAUUUUCCCACACCUGAUAUCCCACGGAAACGCCACGUUGAUCAUCAGGAACAGUGGUCUCAAGGACAGAGGCACCUACAGGUGUCAUGUGAACACCAAAGGGGGCCAACACAAUGCAAAAGUCAUCUUAAAGGUGGAAGCACCCAUCCGAGGCUUGUCUGUGGAGCUGUCGCGGCUGAGUGGCUACGAGGAGAUGAAGUGCGUGGUCCGUAAUGUCUUCCCGGCUCCUCGCGUAUCCUGGGAGACGGAGCCACCCACUUUUGAGGACCUCCGACCAAUCACACGCAUGCUGGCCGACAAACAGGGACUGUACACCGUUGACAGCCGGCUCAAGAUGCUGAAUGGCCAACCAGGCCUCAUCUACAUCUGUAAAGUCACCACUUCCUACGGUGGUCCGCCCUGGACGGCCUCACUCAGGGAGAGAGCAAUACGAGGAACUGAUAGUAGGGAUUUGACCAUCCCCUGCUAUGCCCCUCAAUACUUGAACAACCCCUCCCUUGACUGGAGCUUCUCCAAUGGUGAGGAUCUUGCUCACAUCCUCACCUACAACAGCCAGACGGGGCAUGUCGCCUCUUCGCCGCCCUGGAACAGCCACGUGGAGCUGGACGCUUUCAGGGUCCCAUUUGGAGAUGGCUCCCUGCGACUGAUGGACCCCAAUCACUCAGAGCACUCGGGCAGCUACACCUGCACGUUCGCCAUGCCGUACAAUACACACACUGAGCGCUCUGACGUCACCAUCGACACUCCCAUCGUUAAUUUUAGUACAGCAGAGAAGCCGUUUCAUUGGUGGAUUGUCGUCCUGGUGAUUGCAGUGCUGGUUCUUACACUGGCGGGCAUGCUGGCCUACCUGAAGAUGAGAGGAAACACCUCGAAGGCCAGAAACGACCCUGAGGAGAUGACAGAGCUGCAUGUAGCUAAAGACUCUACAGCAGACAGGAACUUGAGUGCGGGCAGCCCCUUCACUGUUGGUGGCACCAAUGGACAAUCAGGCGUCCGGACUGGAUCUCCGUUAACCUGAGAAUAAACAGAAACACCUGAAUUAACAAAAUACUAACAAGCGCAAACACACACAUGGCUUCACACCCAAGAGCUUCUUAAAAACUGCUUCUUUAAGAACUUUUUAUUUAAAAAUAAAUUAUAGUAUACACUUUCAGAUCACUGCUCUGGCAUAUUUGUGUGCUUUUCUAAUGAGGAACUCUUCUUGCUUGUUUCUGAAUUUUAGAAGAAACCCCGAACUGCUACUUUUUAGAGUGUACAUGCAGAUGUGUAGACAGUAGAUGCCAGAAACAUAAACACAAAAUGCUUUCAAUAUCUUGAUGAAGAGAUUGUGGGCCAUGAUAGCGCAGCUAUGAAUCUCAUCCAAGUCUUCUUUCAACAAACUCUUUCGAAGAACUUAGAAAGUAGUUUCUGCUGACUUUCAUAGCACUUUUCAACCACAGGAACCUUUUGUAGGAGUCCAGGAUUACACAAUUUCGCCAGUUUGCGGCCCCAGAAAAGUUCCUGCUCAAGGGGUCAUACUUUCUGAUGGCCCAGGGAUUAUUAGAGCAGAGUUUGCAGGGCACAAACCUUAUGUUCAUUAAGUACCACUAGGACAAGCCAAGGGAAAUUUAUUUUGUCGUGGACUGUCACUCUCUUUAGAUGCAGUGGAAGAAAAACAGGAAUGUGCAAAAGACACUUAAUUCCUGUUGGUGGCGCCUGUGUUCGCAUCAAGUUAAAAAGGGGCGUUAGAACUUUGACGCCAAUUUUAAAGUUACAAGAAGGCUGGGAACCAAAAAUCUGCAUUACAAAGCCUGUGAACUCAACGUGUGAGAGGCUAAAAUGCAAAAAACAGUGACUUCUGUGUGAAUUAUAUUGUGUUUUUAAACCAGGUGAGGAUGUUGUCUUUUUUCUUGAGGUCUCAGCAAUCAGCACUCUGCUCUUGGACUCGUGCACAGGGUGGAUGUUGAAUGAUUCCCAAAAACAAAAAGACUGACCUCAUGUUUCUACUACCUAUAGAGACCUGCUGCGUGAAAAAGACACCAAGAGACAUGAGCACCUUCUGGAAAUCUGUUUCAAGAUAAUAAAAUGAAUGUGACUAAACAGUUAUGAGUUUCUUGACGUGGAGAGAUUAAAGGUUAACUUGCCUGCUGAGAGUCAAUCACUGACAAGUCCUAUAAAUAUAUAAUCUGCAGCAGAGUAAGAUAGUUUCUCUUCAUCUCUGCACUGCCACACUGUGCUGUAACCAUGUGUCACAUUUCAUGAAUUACACUUCUUCACUUCAAAUGUGUCAUAAUGUAAUUUUAUUAAAAAAGACUAA